AUGCGAGCAAUAUUUGCUUUUCUUUGUUUACUAACUUUGAUCAUCAUUUCUAGUCAAAGUUUAUUCGAUAUCCAUGAUCUCGAUUGGUCAACUCGUCCGACGGAUAAUUUCUUCAUGUUCGUCAAUGGUCGAUGGAUCAAUCGAACAACAAUUCCAUCACAUGAAAGUGAAUGGGGUGGACUGUUCACUAUCAAAUACGAAAAUACGUACAAAUUGAAAAGAAUCCUCGACGACUUGAUUCGACAUGAUAAAACUGAAACACCAUUUACAAACGGUUCAAUCGAGCACAAACUUCGAGAUUUCUACUUGGCGGGUCUCGACGAGCAAGCAAUUGAAGAUACUGGACUAGAACCAAUAAAAGAAACAUUGAUUCAAAUACAAAACAUCCAAACGUAUAAAGAAUUAGUACAGUUUUGUCUGGAUUGGUAUACAAAAAUGAACAGUGGUUUGAUAUUCGAUUUCGAUGUGCACGCUGACGACCGAAACUCUUCGAUCAAUACGGUUCACUGGAAACAAACAGGUAUUCAACUUCCUGAACGUGACUAUUACUUUCGGAAUGAUCCGAUCUCUAAAGAUAUUCGUAAUCAUUAUAUUCAAUACAUCGAUCGUCUCCUUAGAUUAUCUAAUGAUAUCAUUGGAACAACGACCACGUUGAUCGAUGCCGAGGAUAUCGUUUCACUUGAACUACAAUUAGCUGUAUCACAUCGAACACCUUAUGAGUUACGUGAUGCAGAAUCGAAUUCGCAAACGUAUCAUAUCAAUCAACUUGAUCAAAUGAUGCCAAAUCUCAAUUGGCACGAAGUUUUCUCCAAAUUAACCAUUGAAAAUCGAACGACUAUCUUAGCUCAAUCUGAUUACUACCUUCUACUAGAUAAAUUACUUGUGCGUCAACCGUUAAGUAUUUGGAAAAACAAAAUACGUUUUACAAUUUUACAUGAACUCGCUCGAUUUCUGACCAAGGACUUCGUUGAAGCUCAUUUUAAUAUGUACGAUCAUUUAGUCUAUGGGCAACGUACGGACAAACCCAGAUGGACGAAAUUAAUUGAAGACAUCGAUCGAUAUCUUGGUGAUUUGCUUGGUCAAUUGUACAUCGCACAUUAUUUUCCAUACGAAUCUAAACAACGAAUCAUGUCUCUCGUUGAGAAUUUGAUCGAUGUUUAUCAGGAACGAAUUCGAAAGAUAACUUGGCUGAAUAAUUCAACGAAACAACAAGCUAUCAAGAAGCUACGAGCGAUCAAUAUGAAAAUUGCUUAUCCAACAACGUGGAAAACGUAUGACGAUGUAGUUAUUGAUCGUUCAUCCUAUUUUCGUUCAUUAGUCAGCAUUUUUCGACAUGAUUAUCGAAAGAAAAUGAAUGAUCUUCGAAAACCAGUCGAUCGAAACGAAUGGCUCGUUCCAGCGCAAAUAGUCAAUGCAUUUUAUUACCCACCCUUGAAUGAAAUAAUCUUCCCAGCUGGCAUUCUUCAAGAGCCAUUUUUUUCAUUUUUUGCUGACGAUGCAUUGAAUUACGGUGCUAUCGGAUACAUAAUUGGUCACGAAUUAACGCACAGUUUGGACGAUCAAGGUAGAAAAUAUGACGAGCACGGAAAUCUUCAUCAUUGGUGGACGACGGAUGAUAUAAAUGAAUUUCAUUUACGUACAGAGAAGUUAAUUCGGCAAUAUGAUGAAUAUCGCAUGUUGAAUACGAGUAUUAACGGACGGUUAACACUCGGAGAGAACAUGGCUGACUUAGGUGGCUUAGAAAUCGCUUAUCAAGCGUUUCUACGGACGGAUCAAGCAAAGGAGAAUGGGUUGAUCGAUGGUUUUACACCUCGUGAGCGUUUCUUCUUGUCGUUCGCACGAACAUGGAGAGUGAAAUUAACCAACGAAAAACUUCUCUCUAGUAUUCGACAAGAUCCACAUGCACCUGUGUAUUUAAGAAUAAAUGGCCCGCUAUCGAAUAUGAUGGGAUUCUACGAAACGUUCAAUGUCGUCAAAGGUGAUGGAAUGUUUCGAAAUGAGAACGAACGAGUUUUAGUAUGGUGA